AGAUUCUGGCGAUUUGAAACUUCUGAGCAAGCUCUCGUGUACUUUGCUAUCAUGACUGGCGAGGUAUCCUGGGAGGACGUAGAUGAUGCUCGAGAAGUCAUUGCAGACGUUCGAGAUCCUGACUGUGAGCUGAAAUGGGUCCUCUUCGGUUAUGGAUCGGAUGAGUUGAAAAAGAUCUCAAUCGUCGAGGCUGGCGAGUCCGAUCUGAAGGAUGCCAUGCAGUUGUUUGAACCUAAGCACGUUCUGUAUCUCUUCGCCCAGGUUGGGGAGAAGGCAUAUGCUUUCAUUCAGUGGUUGCCCGACGAUGCGCCAAUCCAAUUCAAAGCUAAAGCUUCUAUCCAUCGGAGCUUCAUUACAAACUACCUUGGGUCUCUCACAUUGAACAUCGUGGCAUCUAGUUUGGAUGAUCUCACCGAGGACAAGAUAGAAGAGGAGCUCGGAUAUUAUGUCGCUACGUUGGGGAAGGUACUCAACGACCAGGAGGCAGCUCUUAAGCUUAAUGAGGCAGAAAAGCGCAAAAAGGAUCAAAGGCAACGCGAGACGUGGAGGGGAAACACAGUCAAAGCUGCGAAGAGUAUCAACAAUGUGACAGUCACGAGUGCCACUGGCAGUAUGUUGAAGGGAUCAGACGUGAAUGUACCAAAGAAGGCUCCAAUCAAGACGUUAUCACACACCAUGUACCAAAAGGCAAAUAUUGAAGUGGAAUUUGAGGAAGAAGAUGCCCUCAAAGAGCUGUGCCUGGAUCUCAGGGAAGCGAAUAUCGAAGAGGAUACUUUUAGUUGGUUGAUUUUGGGAUACGUGGAAGGCAAGAAAAACACUCUACACCUGAUAGAGACUGGAAAUGGUGGACGGGAUGGUUUGGCAGGCUAUGUGAGAGAGGAGAUGAAUGGGGCGCUUGACAAGUGCAUGUACAUGCUCAUUAAGGAGGACGAUAGCAGCAGCAAGUGCACAUACGUCUGCUGGAUUGGAAAGAACGUUCCUGCCUUUGUCAAAGCCAAUAUCAGCACUCAUCGUGGUGCAAUCUCGAGCUGGAUCACUACGGUUGUGCACAAUUUGCAGGAGGAGAUCGUCGAAUCUGUCAACGACCUUCUUGGAGUGAAAGACGAAGAUGAUGAUUCCUUGGAACAAGUCAACGAGAGCGUUGCAAAUGUAAAUGAAUCUGUACACACCUCACACGUUCAGCAAAUAGAUUCGCAGCUGCAGAGCAAGCCAUAUGCGGGCAAGGUGCUCGAGGACGUAGUGAGAGAGAAGACACCGCACGAGAUCUGGCUGGAAAGGAAAAUGAAUGGUGGAAACACAGCCACCUCAAAGCCGAAAGACCUCAAUACUUCUGUGCAAGCUGACAGAGAAUUCAAAAACGUUGUACUCAAAAAGAAGGACGAGAAUGCGACAAGGAAAACUGUUGGGAGAUCGAGAUUUGCUCAAAAGAAGGUUCAGGGCAGUGAUUGUUCAUCAGAUCAUGGCAGUGACGCCAGCAUCGAGAAAGCAUAUGACAAGAACGACUACAUGCAGCAAGCUCAGCAGGCUGCCCUAGAGGCUCAGAAGCUUGAGGAUGAAGCUGCGAAAAAGCGUGCUGCAGCAAAGAUGUAUGAGGAACGGGCUAGACACUCGGAACUUGUGGAGGUGAUGGGAGAAGAACCGGAUUGGUCUCCUGAGGAUUUAUCGGAAGCAGAGAACAAUGACGAGGUUGUUGACAAUCAAGAGCAUGAAAAGGAAGUGAGUAAGGGGGAGCACGAAGUUCCAGAGUCUAAAUCUUCAGAGCCUUCCUCUGAAAUUGCUCGAGCUCCAAGCAAGGAGGCAUCGCCAAAGAAAACCAAGGAGGCUCCCUCUGAGACCACCAGACACGCAAAGGAUGAAGAGAAGAGUGUGCCUCAAGAGGCAAAGGAAUCUCCCCCGCAAUCCCGCACCGAAUCAAGUGCUUCAGUUGACGGAAAUUCCCAGAGCUCGCAAGCACAGGCAGCAGCCCCUGAGAACGACACGGAGAAAGAAAAAAUGAAGUCUGCUAGUCAAGCUGAGGAAAAAGCAGCAGAGGAGAAGCUCCCAAAACCUUCUGUCGAAGACUCCAAGACCCCGGAGGCCUCAACUACUAGGCAGGAGCCUGAGGUAAAGUCAGCUACCGACGGCAAGGAUGAAUCCAGCAAGGAGAAAAUUGCCCAUCCUGAAGAGAUGAAAGAACCACCGAAGGAGGCAGAGAAGGAAGACUCUCAGACAAAGUCUAACACACCGACGGUUGAAGCACAGAUUGAACCAGCAAGCAACAAGAGUUCUGAAGCUCCCGUGGAAUCGGAGAAAUCGAAGGCUCAUGAGAGUGAAGAUGUCAAUAACCAUGGAAACCAAGUGAACUUGUCCAAGGCACUCCAGAGAAUCGAUGAAGAGAAGGCUGAGGUCACCACAACACUGCCUUCAGACAAGGAAAAGGCUGUGGAUUCGGGCAAGGUGGUGGAGAACGGAGACUCGUCGAUCAGCAAGGUGCCUUCAACAAAUGAUGGGGAAGCUAAACCGGCAGAGCAGUCGAAGGAGGAUUCAGAGAAACUGCGAAUUCUCAGAGACGCUCUUUCAAAGCAAGAGCUGGAGGCAAAGCAAGCUCGCCUCGCUGCCGCCAGGAAGGCUCUUGAUGAUGCUCGGGCCCUGUCAUCUAGUCUGUUCGUGAACAACGACUCGGGGAAAGAAAACGACCAAUCGAGAAUAUCCCAACCCAACGAAAACCACUCACCCAAGAAAAUUGUUAAUGACAAGGAUACAAAACACUCUGACGAGGACGAGAUUCGAAGAAAGGCAGAGGAGCUCUUGGCGAGAAAGAAGGCUCUGCUGGAAGAAGCUGCCAAGAGACACAGCCGUAACGCCUCCUCUUCCUCCCAGAAUGACGAAACCAACACCAAGGUAAACGCACAACCUGAUGCAGACAGGCUGAAGAGAGCAGAAGAGUACCGCCAGAAGAAGAUGGCUGAGCUGGCGUCGAAGAAGGCGAGUGCUGAUGAUGCUGCAGCCAAGAAGGCGGCUUUCUUGAGGGAGGCAGAGGAGGCUGUGAAACGAGCGUCAGCAGGAAAGCAAUGACAUGCUCGCUCGUGAUUGUGCUCGCGAUUGUUUGUAAGCGAGCUGAUGGCACAAGCUGCUCACUAGAUGGAAACAAAGAAGGAGACCGCGACCAAUCGUUAAACCAGGACCAUCGCCAGCACCAGUACCAGAACCAGUCUCGAUCGCCUUCUUGUUCAGAUGUCCUCGAGAAUCUUUUUGCCAGCUGUUCGAGGAACAUUUGUCUUGCCAGCUUCACUCCUUCUGCUCUUCCCCUUCGCACGCUGCUUCUGCUUUCAGGAUGUUGAUGUGUACGACUUACAAGAUAAACAGGUUUAAAAGGUUC